AUGGCCGCCAUCCCGCCGCCGCCGCGGUACGGGCUGGAGGACCUCGACCGCCGCACCGUCGCGCUCUCCGACGGCACUGUGCGCACCUACUUUGCCCUCCCGCACGAGCCGCCGCCGCAGCUCCGCCAGCCGCCGCCGCCGAUACCCGCGCACCUCUUGGCGCCCCUGCCACCGCUGCCCCUCCUGCGGCCGCCCCUCGAGCGGUGGGCUCCUCCGCCACCCAUGCCCGCACUCCUGCCCGCUGCCGGGCUGCUUCCGGUGCCUAUCCCGAAGCGGAAGUGGGAGGAUCAGGCCAAUGGUGGUGUGCCCGGGGAGUCCUCCGGACGCAAGCUGCAGCAGAAGUCUGAGGUGCGUGCGGCGAAGCAGGUGAAGAUGGAGAAGCAGGUGAAGGUGGAGGAGACGGGGGUGGACCUGAAGGUGCUGAAGACUGCCUUUCUUAAGAUGGUGAAGCUGAUGAAUGUGAAUGAAGCAGAUAAGAAGAAUUACCGGGCCAAUGGGAAACUUUCCCAGCUGAAAUGCCCUGUAUGUCAAAGGGAUUCUGUAGAUUUGCAUGCGCUCCUCAAUCAUGCAUACUAUGCAAAGAGUCAGGAGCAUCGUGCUGAUCACCUAGGGUUUCACAAAGCUUUAUGUGUUCUUAUGGGUUGGAAUUACUCCGUAGCCCCUGUUCACAAAACCGCUUACCAAGCAUUAUCAACUAUCGACGCUGAAGCCAAUCAAGGAGACCUUAUCUUAUGGCCACCAACAGUUGUAAUUGAGAACACAUACAAGUCAAAGCACGAUGGACAAAAGGAUGGCAUGAGUGAUAAAGAUAUGGAGAGCAAGCUGAGAGAAAUGGGCUUUGCUGGUGUCGAUGUGCAGCCACUCCCUGGGAAGGACAGGCAGAGUUGUUCGAGCGCCAAGGCCACGGGCGAGCGGCUUGGGCUCGCAUCCGAGAGCAUCGUCCCCACCAGUGACGGGGGCAAUGACAACCCCAUGCUGGUCAAGGUGGACGGCAAGGGAGAGCGGACAUGGGUCCUCUACGGUUACCUGGCCACGGCAUGGGACUUGGACAUUCUAGACCCAGAGUCGAAGCAGAAUGCCACUGUAAAGAGCAGAAAGGAGUUGGAUUUAGAUUAG